UUCGCGGGAGACAACAUGGCGACCGAGAUGCCUUCUCUCGUCCAGGAGUCUCUGCAGUGUCCCGUUUGUUUUAAAGACGUCACACCUGGGACAAUUAACGCACACCUCGACGCCUGUCUUCUCCACGGUUCUACCAGCAGCAGUCCGCCAGCAGCUGCCGAGAGCGGCUCGUCUCCUCCUGUGAAGAAACCUCGCAUUAGUGCGGAACCUGUCAACAAAUCCGCUCCCGCCUCCUCCUCCUCCUUCUCAGGGACACAGUCCUCGAUGUUUCCCAUGUUUCAGUCAAACAAGGGAAAACUUAGCGUCCACAAUGACAGAGUCGGUGUGUCCACCAGUAAGCAGAGUCCUGUCAGAGCUAAGGAGGCUAAACGGACAGAGGCAGAGUUUGGAUCAGCGGGUAUGGAAGCUCUGCAGAACCAGAAACCUCCACCUGUGCCAGAUACUGGGACUUUGAAGAGGACUGGUUAUGGUUUGUCCCCAAAGACAUUGUUGUCGUUUGACAAACCUUUGGCUGAUGUUCUGAGACCGAACACUCUGGAGGAGUACUUUGGCCAGAGUAAAGUUGUGGGCCAGCAGACACUGAUCAGAUCACUCAUCGAGUCCCAGGAGAUCCCAUCUCUGAUCCUGUGGGGUCCACCGGGAUGUGGAAAGACCACUUUAGCCCACAUAAUUGCCAGCAGCAGCAAGAAGAGGGGGACGGCUCGUUUCGUCACGCUGUCGGCCACCAGCGCCUCUACCAGUGACGUCCGAGAGGUGAUCAAACAGGCGCAGAAUGAGCUCAGACUGUGCAAGAGGAAGACCAUCCUGUUCAUCGACGAAAUUCACCGCUUCAACAAGUCCCAGCAGGACACCUUCCUUCCUCAUGUCGAAUGCGGGACGGUAACUCUGAUUGGAGCGACCACUGAGAAUCCAUCCUUCCAGGUGAACGCUGCGCUGCUGAGCCGGUGCAGGGUUCUGGUUCUGGAGAAACUGUCUGUGGAGGCGAUGGGUUUGAUUUUGAACCGGGCUCUGGAAACACUUGGGAUCAGAGUCUGGAGACAUGGUCCAUCACAUCCCAAAGAUCAAGCCCGCAGCAAUGGACAUGAACCAAAUAUAUACAUUGAACAAAAAGCCUUGGACACCAUUGCCUACCUCUGCGAUGGUGAUGCAAGGACGGGACUCAACAGUCUCCAGCUAGCUGUGCAGGCUCAGAUGAAGUCGAUGCAUCCAAACCUUUUGACACAAGAAACAUCUCGAGAGAUAGUGGUGACAGAGCAGCACAUCAAGGAGGGUCUCCAAAGGUCCCACAUCCUUUAUGAUAAAGCUGGUGAGGAGCAUUACAACUGUAUCUCAGCGUUGCAUAAAUCCAUGAGGGGUUCCCACGAGAGCGCGUCUCUCUACUGGCUGGGCCGCAUGCUCGAGGGCGGCGAAGACCCGCUCUAUGUGGCUCGCAGACUGGUCCGCUUUGCCAGUGAGGACGUAGGUUUGGCAGAUCCCGCCGCCCUUCCUCAAGCUGUUUCUGCCUUCCAGGCUUGUCACUUCAUUGGGAUGCCUGAAUGUGAAGUGAUCCUAGCCCAGUGUGUUGUCUAUCUUGCACGAGCACCCAAGUCGGUGGAGAUCUACAAGGCCUAUGCCAACGUAAAGGCCUGUCUAAGAAACCACAAAGGCCCCCUGCCUCCUGUCCCCUUGCACCUCCGAAAUGCCCCCACCAGGCUGAUGAAGCAGCUCGGCUACGCUAAAGGCUACAAAUACAACCCAGCGUUCAGUGGUCCCGUCGAGCAGGAGUACUUACCCGAAGAGCUGCGAGAAAUUGACUUCUUCACAUGGACACCCUAAGACUGAUGAGUGUCUCCUGUGAUAACUUACUCUCACAAAACAAAGUUCCUAAUUGAAAAGGGUUUUUAUAUUAAAAGACCGUUUUGCAGAAGUUAAUGAAAAGUCACCUCAGCUGGUAUAGGCAUGUUCUUGUCAUAUAAUAACUACUUCAUCACUCUGACUGAAUAUAAACUACAAUUAACUGUUAAUACUUGAUUAAUUCAAAUGCGUUUGCAAAACUUAUAUUGUUUACAUGUUUAAAAUAAUUAAAAUGUUAAUUCUUUUA